CAAAUUUUUUAUUUAUUAUCUGUGAAAUAGUUGAGCUUGUGGAGCUAGUUGACUUUAACGAAGGCAAUGUGGAACUGGUUGAACUAAACCAACCUGGAGAUGUUGUGGAAAUUGAUAUCGAUGAAUAUUUUCCUAAACUGGAAGAUCCAACGGAUGAUCCUUUAGGAGUCGGAGACAUUAUUCAGAACAAUGUCGACCCAGUUGCUUCAAUUAGCACAGGUUCGAUGUCUGUUAUUGAGUUGGAGGUCAAAGAGGAUGAAGGGGCUGAGGAAGAUGAUGGGAACGAGGAAGAGGCCGCUAUCUACACUUGUCAAGAAUGUAAUUAUCAAACAUUAUCAAUCUCCAACCUCAGUAUACACUCCCACGUGAAAUUACGAUGCUACCUCUGCAAGUUUUCAACCCAGCUCAAGUCUGAAUUUAAUCAGCACAUGCAUAAGCAUAAACCCAAGGGAGGAGCUCAAACUGGUCCUGCUCCUGCUCCACCACGACAGGUUCCAGUUAACAGUUUAGGCGGGACUACUUCACAGUUUCACUGUAAACCUUGUAAACUUGCUUUCAGCUCUAGUUUAAGUUUGGAGAAUCAUCAAAGAGUGAGACACACUUCCUCGCGAAUAAAAUGUAAUCUCUGUGAUUUUUCACACAUUAGUCCCGUGAUAUUAAAACAGCACAUGAAGAUUGAGCACCCAGCACUAAGAGUAUCAGAUUUUUUCUGCAAAGAAUGUAGCUUAUCCUUCUCCUCUCAGAAAGUUCUAGAAAGCCACAUGAACGUUCGCCAUGGGGGAACCAUUGUCACAAAGAGCGCCAAAAUGGCUACUCCCCGAGUCAACCAGAAUGUCAAACGAAAACGCACCUCAGUCCAGAUCCCUAAAACCACAAAUAAGCCAGUUGAGACGUCCGUGUGGCAUGUGGUCGUUGAUAAGGAGAAGAAAUCGCGUUACUCCUGCAGAACCUGCGGGUUUACUACAGACGAUGAGAAUGUUCUGACUGAACAUGAAGCAAGUUUUCCAAGUAUUUACGUCUGCUCUUUCUGCUCAUUUGAGACCCAUUGGAGUUCUAAAGUGACAGAACAUAAGAUCGCCGAACAUCCUGAUAGUGUGAAAUUUCCCUGUGAUUUGUGUGAAUUUCGUACGUGCAAUAAUGCGGGAUUACACACCCACAAGCGAAUUGUUCACGGCAUUAUGGAACCUAUAAUAUAGAAGGGUCCCAGACUACCAGUACCUUUUUAUACGUCUCAUUUGAUGGAUUAAAUUAUAUAUUUGGUCAAUCCUACCAUUUAAAGAAUAUCGUUCAAACUUCACCAAUUUUGUUUAGUUUUUUGUUAAAUUCGGAGAAACAUUUAUUUUUCUCAUUUAUUCAAAAUGAAAAUUCUGUUAUAUUUCCAGAUACCAUGAUUUGGGUAGUACUAGUAUCCAGUAUCCUGUAUACCAGAAAUAUUGUAAAAUUAUCUACUGUAUUUUAAGUAAAAUUUAGAAGAUAACGCAACAACCUGGUUUCCUUAAAUCAGCAAAGAUGUACACCAAAAAGCAACUAGACUGUGACCAGUGUGAUUUUAUCGGGAAAACAUUGUCGUAUCUUCGUAUUCACCAGGGUAAAGUCCACGGCGGAGUUCUAUUUCUAUGUGAUGAAUGUGAUUUUUCUGGAACCAAUGCUGAGGAUUUAAACAAGCACACUAUACACCACAGGAGAACACGGUUUAAAUGUGACCUGUGUGACUUUGGAACUGGAAGCGCCAGGAGGUUGGAGAAGCAUAAAUAUUUGCAUAGAGAUUUAGUUGACGACGAAUCUGAUGAGGAGAAUGAUGAUAUUCAGCUUAAAGGUCUUGAAACUGAUCCGGAUUUUCAUCCUCCCUCUCAUAGUGAAGAAGAUGAUGACGAGAUUGACCAUCUGCAUAUUGACUGUGACUGUGAAGAGCAUGAAGAGGAGAUGAAGAAACAUCCUGUAAAUCUACAAAUAGCUCUCGAGGAAAAUUCGGGCGAUAAAGAAGCUGAAAAAUCCGCAAAGCCUACAAAGCAAAAUUUCGAAAAAUGGAUCAAACAUCAAUUCGAAAACCCAAAAUCGGAAAAUUAUAGGUUUUUUAAAAAUACGAGACAUAUACACAUAUUCGACCCUUUUGAUAAACACCUAAAAAGGAAAAAUAAGGGUUUAAAUAAUGAAACAGAUGAACCGCCCAUGAAACUUACCCGCUACAAUUCUAGACCAGAUGAUAUUGAUGAACCAGAAUCACUGAAUGUUGAAUUACCAAAUUUGGACGCCGAAGAAUACAAUUUGUCGCCGGAAGUUGAUAAAUCUGCAGAAGAAAUGGAAAUAUCUACACAGGAAAAAGAAAUAUCUACACAGGAAAAAGAAAUAUCUUCACAGGAAAAAGAAAUAUCUACACAGGAAAAAGAAAUAUCUACACAGGAAAAAGAAUUAUCUUCACAAGAAAAUGCCAUUUCUAUACAGGAAAAUGAAAUAAGUUCAAUAGAAAAGGAAACACCACCACCGGAAAAGAAAACAUUUGUAACAGAAACCAGGCUUAUAACGAAUAUCGAUGAAUCUAUCUUGAAAUCUAUGAAACUUCCUGGAUAUCGCAGUGUGAAAGUAAAUGAAUUAGAUAGCUUCGAUGACAAUGAAAAAGAAACUUCUGAACCGGAAGAAGAAAAUAUGUUAUCUGCAAUAUCUGAAGAGGACCAGCUAACUCAGACGGCACGCGAAUCAGGGGAGCCAAGUAGUCUAGCUGAGAUGGUAUUUAUAAAAACAGAAGAGAUCGAGAAUAAACCUGACGUAGCCCUGUAUUCUCCUGAUAGCUCGAGGACCCCGGAUGAACUAAGUCCGGCUGAUUUAUGUCAAGCAUAUAUAGAUACUAAUUCUGAACAACUUACUCCUGAAGUCGAAAAAAUUGAUGACUUUCCUUGUGCUCUGUGCGGUAAAGUUAACGCCUCUCACGAAAAACUUAAACAACAUGUUAAAAUCAUGCAUCGAGUUUUUACAUGCGAGUUCUGCGCGUUUGCAGCAGCUGAUUGCUCGAGCUUGUUGGAACACAAGAGGAGAUCUCAUUCUGUAAAAUGUAGUUUAUGCGACUACACAGCAACUUAUCUAGGAAGCCUUUAUAAACAUAGAAGCAAAGUUCACGGAUUGAUUGAAUGUGAUCAGUGUUUUAUAGCACUGCCUUCAAAUGAGGAGCUUGUAACACACAUUAAACAGACCCAUGUUUACGUCUUCAGAUGUAAUCAGUGCCCAUACGCGGCUAAACUUGGUUCUUACUUGAAAAAUCACAUAAAGCACAAACACAACACAAGUACCUUCAAGUGUGAGUUGUGUGACUACACGUGUAUGGCAGAGUCGGGGAUAAAAGCACACAUGAAAAUUCAUCGAAUAUUUAAUUACAAAUGCACCAUUUGCAGUUUCACUUGCACUACCUUGAAACGCUUGAGUGGACACGAAUCCAGGCAUCAUCCGGGGGUUACAUUCAGAUGUGAUAAAUGUGACUAUGUUGAUUCAAGCUCAGUGUUUAUAAAUAUACACAAAAAGAAUACACAUGAAGAACAGAAGAAACCAAAACUUGAUAACAGCAACUUUAGAUAUCCCUGUACUGAAUGUGAAUUUGCAGGGGUAUCUGAUGAAGAUUUGAUUAAGCACAAGCUUAUGAAUCAUGAAAGUGAAAAUUUUAAUCUUGAUGAUGAACUUGAAGGUGAAAUAUGAUAACUAGUCAAGUUCUCUAUUUAUAUUUUCUGGCAUAUUGAGGAAAAUUUUGUGUUUUAGUUUUAAAUUCAAUUGUAUCAAUGAUAUUAUGAUAAUUCCAUUCAAUCCUCACAUACUUACAAAGACUACUUUUACUGCAUUUAAGAAGGACAAGGUUGUAACACUAAGAAUUUUAUAUCUAUUAAAACUCCAUAUAUCUGUUCUCUUAUUUAUAUGGUCUAUACUUUUGGUAAUUUGAAAGGCCUAGUCUUUGAAAUUAUUGAAAUUGUCGAUUUGAAAUUUUUACCGAACACAGAACAAUGUUAAUGUGAUCAUUACAUACUUUGUACAUUAAAAUGGGCCAACAAUUCCAGAUCUUCGUUGAAACUCAUUAAUCUAUCUAUAACUAGCCAAAAAAUAUGAAUUCAAUUCUUUUUGUUGGUUAAUACUAUUUACCAGUAUUAUUUUAUGGUUUGUGGCUCGUGUUUUUAGCCUGCAUUUAAGCUUUUUGUUUGCUGAUAUGUGAAGACUGUUGUGCUCCGUUCAAAAUAAGAUAAUAAUGUUUUGUGGAUUUUUCUGUUUAUGACCAUGAUAAUUGAACAUUGAACCUUCCUUUGGGUAAAAAAACACGACACAAGAUCGUUUGAAAUGUUGACGUUUAUGGAGAUUAACAAACAAAUCAAUGUAUAUACAGAUGUAGGAUCAAUUAUAUGAAUAUUAAUCAUAAUCUGGCGAAUAAAAAUUGUUCAAUGUAAA